AUGAACUUCCUAACCAUUUUUCAGAGCAAAAAUAAAGGCAACAGUGAAUUGGUGAGUCCACCAAACGGUGAAGUGCCAAAUGAAAAUGACACGUCCUCCCCUCCGGUGACAAAUGAGAUCGGGCUGAAUUACAGCCACGGUGUUAACACGGAGCAGAGAAGCACCAACAUAUCACCUCCAGUACAGAAUUGGGAACAGGUCAAUAUGGGUGGUAUUCAUGUGGACGGUUCGGUUAGACAGGCUAACUUUGAAAACGCCGCAAAUGGUUUGAUAGCCCACCCGGGAGAUCCGGGGGAAACGCGACCGAGCGCUUCGAGUAUUCACCCGGUGGGGGUCCACUCGGUGGGGGUCCACUCGGUAGGCGUCCCCCCACCCCAGUUCGGCGGCCCAAGCAUCUACGAAGAGAAGGAAAACUACGACUACCCGAAUGGGAGCCUCGGCACAGGCCUGCCCUACCCCGAUGGAGAGCUGUACGCCCACUUGAAGAAGAGGAGCUCGGACGCCUCCUACCCGUACGGCACCUAUGACAUGAGUUCCAAUGACACGUAUGGUGGUGGCACCCAUGGGAGGAGGGCACGCGACAAGAUUAACGGUAAUAAUAGUGGCCCAAACAACAGGGGAUCCCACCCCAGUCAGUACAUAACUAACCACGGAGUGGUUCCCAAUGUAAACUACGUCCACCCUGCAGAGAAAAAUAUCGGCAAUGUUGCGAAGCAGACAUAUUAUGUUAAUUCCGCGCCGAGUGGGGGGGAAGCUUUCCAGUCCCCCACCGAUCUACCUAUGAACAAUGCAAAGGGAAAUGUCUCAUUAUUUGAGAGCAAAACGGGUAGGACUUACGUCGACCCGAAGAGUAACUACGCGGAGCAAGUGGAGCGUCGCAAUUCUUACAACAACAAUCACAUCGUUGGGGCCCCAUACACAGGUAGUACCUCAGUGGGGACUCUACCAUAUGGGUAUGACCAGCAUGUGACUAGCAACAAUGCAACAAAUGGGAUGGUGAGUCCUCCCGGAGGAAUGGAUAAACAUGCCGAUUACGCGUUUCCCUCUGGAGCCUUCCCCACAGGCGAAGUCACAGAACAUAAUUUAUCAAACAACUUAGUGCACUCUUUCCAGCACCAAUUAAAUGACAUACCUUUUACUCAGCAGAGACAGGUGACUUCCAGGAAAAAGGGAGACUUCACUACUAAUCAGUCUUACUUAAAUUUGUACGGUGCCGUAGGUGGCGCAAAUAAAAUGGCGGCAACCAAUCCAGUCAGUAAUUACAGCUAUGAGGAGGACCUGCUGAGUAAGCACCCCAAUCGAGUGGAAAGCGGCGUACAAGUAGGCACCACACAGAUGGGCAGCGCGAGGAAGUUAGUUCAGGGCGGCCACGUGGUGAGUAGCGCGCAGGUCAUCAGUCAACAGGUCAGCAGUCAACAGGUCAGCAGUCAACAGGUCAGUGGCCAACAGGUCAGCGGCCAACAGAUGAGACGCCCCCAAAUGAGCCCCCCCCAAAUGGACGAACAUCCAAAUGGCGCUGAAUUUUACGGGAAAGGCUUUCCACCAAAUGGGGCGCCAAAUGGGCAGCUCCGAAUGGGAAAAGCGGAGCAGAAGCGGAAGCAGCAGGUAGAGGUACCCAGACGAAGUGUCCGAGAGGAGAAACGACACAACAAGGGCAUCGACUCCGUGGGAAAGAUGGUACGAUGGAAAGAAAACGAAGAGGAGGAUCAACCAAAUGGGAAGAAGGUCGAUGCAACAGUCGAGGUAGAAGACGACAAGGGGAACGAGUACUACUACCAGAAGACAAUGGAGUUCAUGAGAAAAGAAUUCACCUUCAACCUCACUGACGACAGGGAUAGCUACCCAAGCAAUAUAGACAUCCUGUCAAAAACGCCCUUUUGUAAGCUCAUCAAUUUUGAAAAAAAACUAGCUGCUGAGCGGAAGCGAGUUUUGAAUUAUUAUCACGAAGACAGGAAGCAGAUUUAUUCCAGCUCGACAAAUAAAGACAAGCAAUUUUCUCACAUUUUUCUUAACAAUGAAAAGUAUUAUGAUGCCAAGGAGAUCCUGGCGUAUCUUCUUCCUUACCAUACGUUUUACUUGGAAGAUAUUUAUAUCGAUUCUUCCGACGAUGACAAAGAGUUUUGUGAGAACCUCCAGAAUGACGUCAGGGAGAUCGAUGCGGGUAUCUCCGAGGUAAAGGACUCCUUUCGUGCCUACACGAACCCCUCCAUGCUCUGGAGUUUCAACAAAAUAAUCGACAGAACGGAUGAUCAGCACAACAAAAGGAAAAAAGUGUCCGACUGA